AAUGAAAAGAAGAGGAAAUAAUUAAGUUAUUGAAUAAGAUUCCGAUCAAAAGUAGCAAAGUAGAAAGUAUUGGAAAGAGGAGGAAGAUAAUAAAUUGCAUGCUGCUGUGUUUAAACACGGUUCUAAUUGGAAGUUGAUUGCUGAGUUUGUUCCUGGUAGGAAUGCAUCUUAAUGUGCACAAAGAUGGAAAAGAAUAAAGCCGAAGGAAGUAAGAAGAUUUAAAUUAGGAUUAGAAUGAAAGAAAUUAAAAAUGGACAGAAGAAGAGGAUAAAGAAGUAUUAAGACUUACAAAAAUAUAUUAAUUUAACUGGAAAUAAAUAGCAAAUGAGAUUCCAAAUAGAACAGGUCGAUAGAUAAGAGAGAGAUAUGUAAAUCAUUUGGAUUCUAAUAUCAUUAAAACACCUUGGACUAAGCAGGAAGAUAAAAAGAUUUGGGAAAUGUACUAAAAAAUGGGCACAAGAUGGUCAGAUAUGUCAAAGAAAAUGCCAGGAAGACCUGUAAAAAUAACAUAAAUUUUAGGAAAACAUGAUUAAAAAUAGAUUUUAUUCCUUUAUCAGAAAAUAAUAUGGAAAAAUUUUAAAUCCUUAUUAUAUUGUACCUAGUAAAGUAAGGGUUUUAGAAGAGGAUGGAUUGAAAUAGAGUUAGGGAAUGAAAAAAAUAAGAAAAUUUAAAAAAAUUUAAUAAUCAUUCAAAGUGGAAGAAGAAAUAGAAGGAAAGUAAAAAAAUAACAAUUAAGAGAACAAUUAACAAUAAUUAUAAUCAGAGCUACAAUGCUAGUAGGUACAAUUUACUUAGUUUUAAACUCAAUAAUCUUAGUAGCAAUAGUAAAUAUAAUUUUCUUAAUCAUAAUUUCCCUCGUUAUAACAUUCUCAAAUACAAUAAUCUCAAUUUCCACAAAUAAUAGAUCCAUUUUCAUUUUUUUAAGAUUCGAUAAGAUCAGAUUCAUAUAGAGUAAAUUAAUAUCCGGAGGCUAUAAAGCAGUAUUAAGAUUUUCAAAAUUGGUUAAAGGAAUCCUUAAAAUCCUCAUCGGAUCCAGAAUUAAAUCGAAUGCACAAGUUCGAGACACCAAUGAUGAGCUUUUUGUACAUGAAUCCGAGUUUAAUCCAUUCAAUUCAAUAGUAGCAGUAGCCAAUUUUUAUGAAAGAAGAAGAAAAUGAUAAAUUAUUUGGAGGUUUAGAGGCAUCUUUGCCAGUUUAAAUAAGACCUGAUAUAUUUGAGGAGAUGAAAAAAACUAAUGCCGAAACACACUAAUAAUAAUAAUAGCUUUUAAGUCAUCAAUAAAAGUAAUAAUGAU